ACCAAUCAUUUUAGAUGUUUUAAUUUAGAAGUACUAGGCAUGUCACAUGUGAGUGUAUUAAUAUUGGGUUUUAAACAACCAAUGCUAAUUUAAAAAUGUUUAGUUGUUAACUACUUCUCUUAAAAUAAUCGCCUCGUUUAUAGUCCGAAUCUUCCAGCCUUGCAAGAUAUGGAGAAAUAUUUCACAUGUGCAUCAUGUGGACAUUCACGUCGUUUCCAAGUGCCUGGACAACUAUCCUCAGUAUGCGAUAUAUUUUAAUGGCCGGUGUCAUUAAUAUAUAACAUAAAUCAAAGGAUUGAGUAAAGCUAUCUAUGUUUGACUAGUCUUUGAUUAUUGAGUUGGUUGGUGAAAUUGAAUCUUGGUGACGUGAUUUAGUUGUAGAAGAAAUAACUCCAAGAAUCUUUGAAUCCUGAUAGAGAUAUAUAGAUAGCUAGUAACCAAAGACUUUUGGGUAUGCACAGCAUAGACAUUAAGAUUUUCGCCUCUCUUAGAUUACCUAAGUCAUUAGUUUGGCUUUGAACUCAAUCGGAGAGAAAGAGAGGGAAGAUCACAGGAGAAGAUGGUCUGGAAGCAAGGGGAUGGCGGGUUACUUCCUUUGCAAGCUGAUAUUGAUACCAUCAAUGGAGUUCACACUCCAUUAGAUUCAGGGCAAACCCGUCUGCAAGAGCUUGGUUAUAAACAAGAACUUAAGCGCAAUCUCUCAGUUCUUUCCAACUUUGCAUUUUCGUUUGCGAUAAUAUCGGUGUUAACAGGGAUAACUACCUUAUACAAUACGGGGCUGAAAUUUGGAGGUCCAACUGGUAUGGUAUAUGGAUGGGUAUUUGCUGGUAGUUUGACAAUGUUUGUAGGGUCUUCAAUGGCUGAAAUUUGUUCAGCUUACCCUACCUCUGGUGGUCUUUACUACUGGAGUGCUAAACUUUCUGGCCCUAGUUGGGCACCAUUUGCUUCUUGGUUGACAGGCUGACGAAAAAUUAGAAAAUCAAAAGAUUCUCACUUAUGAGUUUGGUGGCGCAAAAAAUGACACUGGGCAUUAGGAGUGACACAAUUGCACCUAUUUUAAGAUCAAACCC